UCCAUUCCAAACCAAAAAUGCGAGGGAGCUGGCCCAGGCUUGGGUUCCCGGCGCUGCUCCUGCUCCUCCAUCUGCUGACCGGCUCGGAUGCCGCCGUCCGGAAUGGGACUGCAAAGCGGGAAAUUGGCGAUUCCCGGGGAAGCAGCGGCACCUGCGUCAAAGGGUUCCUGCAGGAGAUCCUGCCACUGCCAGCGACUUGUCCGCCUGAGGUGCUCGGGAUGAGGGGCGCCGUGUAUAUCCUUUACGACGUAAACAUCUCCGAGGGCUUCAACCUGCGCCGAGACGUCUAUAUUCGCAUGGCGGUGUUCGUGCGCCGGCUGCAGAGGAGAAGGCGCUUUCGCCAUGUGCGCCUUGUGCUGCCGCCGUGGCCCCGCCUCUACCACUGGCACUCGCAGGGCCUGCAGCAAUCUGGACUGCCCUGGAGCCACUUCUUCGACUUGGCCAGUCUGCGUCGCUACGCGCCCGUUCUGGACUACGAGGAAUUCCUGGCCGAACAGCGCUUAUUCGGCAAUCCUGGCGCACCGCUGGUCCAUGUAGGGCACGCUUUCCGGUUGCAGCACUACGAGGUCAUGCUAGAACAGGGCAUAUUUCGGGACAAGUUCGAGCGCGUCACGGACAAGCCGUGCAGCGAGGGAUCCCUGUCGGGAGGACCAUUGCUGCAGCAGGCGGAGCUGCGCGUGGGGCGUUUCCACUGCGUUCGGUUCCAGGGCAGCGCCGGACUGCUGGAGAAGUUGCUUCGCGAGGCGAUCGACGAGGACACGGCGGGACCGGAGGACGUCGACGACAUGCGCACGUACGCUUUGCUCAGCGCCGAAACGGUGCUUCACGACCACUGGGGCGACGAGCACUUUUGGCAGGCCCGGCGUUCCAUGCGUUUCGCCCGUCGGCUCGAACAGGUGGCCGCCGACUUCCGACGGCAGGCCCUGGACACCACAGAUGCUUCGGCCGGUGUCCAACGGCCCGCCAUGUGGGAGCUGGAGCGGCCGAAGCGCAACGCCAAGGGCGGCGAUUACCUCUGCGCCCACCUAAGGCGGGGCGACUUUGUUCGCUCGCGGGAUGCGACCACUCCCACCCUGAAGGCGGCUGCCCAGCAGGUCAAGCAGCUGCUGCGCGGGUUUAACAUGACCACAGUGUUCCUGGCCACUGACGCCACGCCAUACGAGCUGAUGGAACUAAAGGAGCUCUUCUACCGCUUCCGCCUCGUGCACUUCGCGCCGGAGUCGAAUGUCCAACGAAGGGAGCUGAAGGAUGGGGGCGUGGCGGUGGUGGACCAGCUGGUCUGCGCCUACGCCCGCUACUUUGUGGGCACCUACGAGAGCACCUUCACGUACCGCAUCUACGAGGAGCGCGAGAUCCUCGGCUUUACCCAGGCCAGCACCUUUAACACGUUCUGCAAGGCCUUAGGCGGCAGCUGCUCGCGCAACGCCGUGUGGCCCAUUGUGUGGGCGGAUGGCGAUAGCGACAGCGAGGAAGAUUCCGACCCGUACUGAUCCAUCUGUAGCUCCCACCUGACAUCUCAAGACCUAGUUUUAAGUCCAAAGCCAACGUAAGAGAGCAAACGGGAUUCCGAACCACCUGCGAUUGUGUACCAAAAAUAAAUCUAAAGCCAACAGAAAAGUGCUAGCAGAAAAGUC